AUGGUUGGGGAUCAGCCUAUAUGUCCACCUCAGCUCCUUCUGCGGGGCUGGGGAGCAGUGCUGCUGUCUCAGUGUUUGUCCUCCGUGUUCUCCCAGAUCCCGGAUCCUGAGCUUUUACCCACAGAUCCCCCAAAGAAGCCGGACCCUGUCAACUCAGAGACUGUUGUUUUCUGGGGGUUGCGGCUAUGGCAGGUCAUCGGCAUUUUUUCGGUGUUUGUUUUAGCAGUUGUUAUCACUCUGUGCUGUAUAUUCAAAUGUCGAAUCCCAAGAACAAAGAAGGAAAUAGAGGCACGGCAUGCACAGAGACAGGCCGCCAAGAAAUACGCCAACACAUUAGAGACAGUGCCACCUCUGAACGAACUGACUGAGAUCCCAGGAUCUGCAAAAGCGGAAGAAAAUGAGGAGGUGACAACAGUCUCCGGGAAAGUAGAUGCUGAUAAAGGGGAGAAGAAGACAAAAGAGGGCAAGAAAGAGGGCAAAGGUGCCAAAGAAGGGAAAGGAGAUGAAAAGGAUGCAUCAACAAAGAAAAAGGGUGAAAAGGGAGCAUCUGACAAAGAAGGUGGUGAAGGAAAAGGGAAGAAAUCUGGAGAGAAGGGAGACAAAGGGGAAAAAGAAGAAAAAGGUGAAAAAGGAGGCAAAGGAGGGGCUAAAGGGGGAGCCAAGAAAGCUCAAAAGUGA